GCGUAUAUACACAUAUAUAUUAUAACGUUUAUGAUAAGAUUGAAUUCCUUCAUGUUUACUUACAAUGGCGGAUCUUGUAAUGGUGGUUGAUAAUGAUUGUUGUUAAUAACAAGUUUAAUACUGGAAAAAAAUGUAUGCAGUAACAUGAAAAUUGUGGUAACUGAAAUAAAAUUGAAAAGAAAGAUUGAAAUGACUAAUGGAAUGGAGAAAGGAUAAAAAAAUAUAUGGUGCAGCUCUCAGGGAGUGUAUAAAAUAAAUUUUUCUUUUUAAGAAAAAUUAUAAUGUUAAUAAUAAUGACAAAAUUAUGAAAAAAAUACAAAAAGUAUGGCAAUAUAAGGCAGACGUAAUCAAACACCGGUCACUUUGUGUUAUUAUUGGAUAUGUUUGAAUAACUUUCAUAUACAAAAAUUGACAAAAUGAUGUAUAAAAAGAAAAGAACAUACAACGGCUGACUUCAUACGAUGCUGCGAAGAUCUGUUCCUUCUGUUAUUGAAGGGUACUAGAUUUUACUUUGGUUGUGUGAAGUUUGCAGAAUCAUUGAUGAUACUACGUAAUAUCCUUUAAAGGACUCUAGUUUAUGGAAAUAAAAAUGUGAAAGAAUAAAUAUAACAUCGCAUCAAAUUUUUGGUGACAAAUAAAUAAGAGAUGCCAUAAGGAUCAUUUUGAAAAAAGUCCGAUCAAUUCGCUGGACUCUGAAUGAACGCACGACGAUCCCGUUAUCGUUUGGUCCGAGUGGGUCACCGACACUUCGACAUAGGAUUUUACUCAUAGCCGCUUCGAUGUACACGUAUCGAACCUGUGCUAUGAACAGACCGUUCUUCGUGGAGCUUGGAGGGGCUGAACAGGACCGUCUCACGUUCUUUUACAAAGAAACAUAGAAAAUCCUUUUUAUUCGUGAUCCUUUCAACGCGUAUUCAUUUAAAAAAUUAGUAAUCUCAUAAAACCGAUAGAACAUCAAAUUAUUUAAACCAUUUCAUACCGGAGUAUCAAUAAAUAAAUUUGUAUUUUAGAGGAACUAAAAGAGUGAUUCAUUCAAUAAAAUUGACCAAAUAUGCAUAUACACGCCAAAAAGAAUUUUAUCAUCCAACGACCCACAAGUUUAAAAACUUUUUUCAUAAUAAACUGUAUUUUACUUUUCAUCAAUUCAUUGACAAUAUUUUUAGUGUUGGACUUGAGUGAAGUACGAACGUUUCUGUAUACUUAGAAAUAUCUAACGUUGGCUGAAAAAAAAAUGUAAAUAACUCUAUUAGACUUGCAUGUUUACUGUAAUGUUUGCAAUUAACAAUCGCAUAUAUAUAAUAUGAACUAAUAAAACGUUUGCAAUACUUGCCCGAGUGAAUAGUGGGGGUCAUGAAAGUGGAGCCAAGUUUCAGCCGUCCCUGGAAACCAGAUGGGGUCUGAAAGUGCCCCGCGUGCUCGCCUUCGAAGAACAUAUUCAUGCAGUAUUAGUGUUCACGGGAACGGGUAACCCGUCGCACCUCUUUAUCUCUGAAUCGUCGAGUAUCACGUUCACCAGCGGUUCGUUUGGACACCUCUCUAGCAGGUGACGUUUUUGAUCAUCGUGCAACAAGACACACUCUCCGAGUUGUUUUCGAGUUGUUCCGAGCGCGAAUCGAUUUCCGACGAAAAGGAAACAUCCAGGAUCAUCAACUUUCUAAGCUCUUUUGCGACAAUCAAAACUGGAUCGACCAGUAUGAAGAUCGCCACGACCUUGUUCCUUUUCGUAGUUGUCGGCUGCACGUGGCGGGAGACGCUAGGGACAUGCGUGUUUCAAUCGGACUUUGGUUUUGUGCUUAACUGCGCCUUCAAAAAGUCCGGCCUCUUUCGAGUACGAAAUCUUGGAGGUGUCAAAGGCUACGUCGGCCUGGGCUUUUCUGUCGGCGACGAGUUGGGCUUUUCUCAGUCGCUGUCUAAUGUAGAAGCUGCUAAAAGAAGAAGCGUGUCUACUAGGGGAAAUGUGCCAUCGUAUACUAAUACGGCUACUAAUCGGGACGAAGUCAGGCAGCAUGCGCAAAACACUAGGCAAGUAGUGCCUCCUUUCAAACCAUUGCCAUCUGGUGUUGCUCGACCGAUUGCUCAGCAACCGGAACGACAGAAGUUGGUUGUCCAGCAGAAUGCAACGGUCUUGAGAACUGUCCCAGCGCCUGCUCUGUCGGUGACGCAACAGGAUAUGUUGAGGCAGCAACAACAGCUACUUCAGCAGGAAACAAAACAGAAACAGCAGCAGAGGUUACAGCAGGAAGCUUUCGCGCUGCAGGUGUUGAAGCAGCAACGAUUACAGCAACAGGAAGCUAUGAGACAGCAACAAGAAGCUAUGAGGCAGCAACAGUUGCAGAAGCUCCAACAACAGCAGAAGCAACAACAAUUGGCAGCGCAACAGCAGAAAAGGCAUCAACAGGCGAUUUCAAUGCAAGUGAAAAGGGAUCAGACACCGCAGAUACUCGCAGUUGCAGCCGCAAUGCCAGGAAAACUGCCUAACAUCGUCGCUGCAAUUCCUCCAGCUGGGAGCAUAAUAGAAACCGAGCCUGCAUCGAAACCGAUAGUUGGAAGUGCAGGUUUACCACCGUUCAUCUCGAUGCCACAAUCGUCGUCACAGUUGACCGAUCGAAUUAGCAAUAGUCCUACUAUCUUAGAAGACGCUGACAACGAAGUAUCAAAAGACGAUCUCAAUCAGCUCCCAUUACCUGGAGACGAUGUAGCUUCCUCCAUAAACGAAAUGACAUUACUUUCUUUCCAACCUAUUUCUCCAGAAAGCAGCCAAUCAUCGCCUCAACAACAAACUGAUAAAAGACAAUCGUUGCCAUCGUCUUUGCCAUCGUUAGCCCCUAUUCAGGGAAUGGAAACGUCGUUGAAAGCUCUCGCGGAAGCUAGCAAUAUUACACUUGAAGCUCUAGAGGCGGCCAUUUUGCUUCGACAGCAGCAGCUUCUGCGCAAGCAACAGGGACCUACGAGUACGACUACGACCACCACAACAAUGCCUCCUCCCAAAAAUAAAUAUAAUUCUGGAGCCACGAAAGUGAUGAAUGCACCCCGUGAGUACUAUCCAUUGGGUUAUGACAAGAACUUCGAUGAUAAUUUCGCUAGUCGCGUUGAUCUUCCGGACACAAGCUUUUACUGCGGUGAUCAAAAACAUUUUCCGGGAUUGUAUGCUGAUGAAGACCUUGGAUGCAUGGUAUUUCACGUCUGCGCGCUAACAGACGAUGGGCUGAUCAUGAAAAGCUUCCUGUGUCCUGAAUCAACGUUGUUCGACCAGACGAUUCUUAAGUGCAAUUGGUGGUUCUAUGUCGACUGUAAAUCUUCGAAAAGUCUGUACGAUAGCAAUAUUCCAAUUAGCAAAAGCUAUCAGCUGAUGAAAGCUCUCGCGUUCUUCUCGGCGUAUAAAAACCAUGACAAUAGUACAACCAAUGCUGAAGAGGGUUCAGACAUCGAUAAUACCUCGAGUAAAUAAACUGCCCACCUUUACUGCAUAGUCGAGCAUUUAUUAUUAAAUUUUAAUCGGUUCUACGAUUACCAAUUAACGUUCUUCUAAUCCAUUGAGUCUCAAAUAAUCUAAAGUUUCUUAUUCGCUGUAACAUUGAAUUGCUGUAUGUGCCAGUGAAGACUUAUUUAUAAAUGAAUUAAUGAAGUUUUAUGUUUUUUGUGGGAAAUAAUGGAUUACAAGGAACUAUUUUAUUGAGCGAAUAAAACAAAAUGUGUAAUUUGAUAGAUUUUCGUUUCGCAGUGUAAUAAUUUCUUCUUGAAUAAGCAGGUAGACCUGGGAUAUUUAUGCGAAUGACCAUUUGUAAUUUACUUCUUCAAAAUUGGUGAAGAAUUAGAAAUGAAAACAAUUAAUUUUGAUAUUUAAGAGAUCUGUUAAACUAAAAAUGCGAUACAAAUUUGAUUUGAACAAAUCUUUCAAUAUUUCGCACGUUAUUGCUAAAAUUUCAGAGUCUACCAAAAAUAAUAAACACUGUAAAAAUAGUAAACACACAAAGUAUGUAUAUAUAAUUUAUUGCGUUAGAACGUAGCAUUUGUAGUAAAUAAUUUUUACAAUAACGACUGUAAAUAGUUUUAUGUUGGUUUCUUCGUUGAUGUGGCUUGUUUAAUAAUAAUUCUAUUUUCCAUAAUGGUGAAUUAAUUCCUCCAUUGUAUACUUACCUUGAAAGUUGAUGUGAUAUUCAAAACUCUCGACUUGUAUUGAAAUUAAUGAUAAUUUUAUUUCAUUGAAA